AUGUCCGGUGCAGCCGCCUGCGUGGGCGUCAUCCGAGCCGCCGCCGGCCUAUCGCUGCCCCUAAACAUAACGGCACUGCUGCCGCUGUGCGAGAACAUGCCCUCCGGAAUGGCGGCCAAGCCUGGCGACGUGGUGUCCCUCCUCAAUGGAAAAACUCUCGGCUUCGUGGACGUCAGCAAGGCUGGUGUGAUGGCCAUGGCCGAUCCCUUGCUCUACGCCCAGACGAUCUACAAGCCGCGCAUGGUCGUGGACAUUGCUACAGUGGGCUACGCCGUCUGCCCAGCGCUGGGCGGAGCAGCAGCCGGGAUUUUCAGCAAUUCGAACUUCGUCUACAAGCAGUUCGAGAAGGCCGGUGCCCUUACGGGGGAUCGCGUUUGGCGUCUGCCCCUGUGGCGCUACUUCAAGGAGCUGAUCAUGCCGAACGAGACCUUUGACAUCAGCAACCGCGGACGUGGCCCCGCCUCCAGCUGCAUCGCUGCCGCCGUUCUGCACGAGCUGGUGCCGUGCGUCGACUGGGCCCACCUGGACAUCCGCAACGCGGGCAUGCUGACGCGCUACAAUCCGCUCCCAUAUUUGCUGAAGGACCGCAUGACUGGCCGUCCCACUCGCACCAUCGUUCAGUUUCUGUUUCAGAUGGCUUGCCCCGACGGCAAGUAA